CUUUUAUUUUGAAAAUAUUUUCCGACGCAGUGUCCACACGCAAUAUGUCAUUUCCGUAGAUUUUCUUUAGAGAGAGCAUCAAAAAAGGGUAAAACAUGAAUAAACAAACGCAUCGUUUACCACUUAUAUGUUUUAUUAAUCACGACGAGGUAAUCAAUAGAUAGAAAAUGUUGCAAAAUUAGAUUCUGUGGAGUGAAAUAUAUGACUGAGUCUGAGACUUUGAUUGUGUUAUCUCAAUGAAGGACGAUAUUUGAUUUGAUCGGUCUACUUUUCUACACUGGAAUAGUAGUCAAGUACUAAUUUAAAACGUCAUAUCGUCCUAUAUUUUGUCAUAUUUAAAGACAUAAACCUUUAUAAAUGAAUAAUGCAAAGGACUGUGCCAAGUCUUCCCCUGGCACCAUCGGUGAAGGUAAAGCUACUCCAUGCAGGUUUCCAGCUGGCCACAGACUUGACUGACAUGUGUCCUCUUCAGCUGUGUAAAGCGGCGGCUAUAUCACAUGAGGAGGCGGUGGAGGUUUUGCAGAUGUUGCGCUGUGAUACUCAGUCACCAGGAGAGGCAGCAACAGAAGGUAUAACAGCCCUUGAUCUUUUGCACAAGGAGCAGGCUCAGGGCAGCAUUGUUACAUUCUCCUCAAGGCUGGACGAUGCCCUCGGAGGGGGUGUGCCUGUGGGAAAGACCACCGAGAUCUGUGGAGCCCCUGGGAUUGGAAAGACCCAACUUUGCAUGCAGUUGGCUGUGGACGUACAGAUUCCAGUUUGUUUUGGAGGUCUGGGAGGAAAGGCUUUGUACAUAGACACAGAGGGCAGUUUCGUAGUUCAGCGUGUAGCUGAUAUGGCAGAGGCAGCCGUAAAGCACUGCAGCUUGUUAGCGGAGGACACUGAACAGAAACAAGCUUUGGAGGAACUUACAGUUGAGAAAGUCCUUUCUAGUUUCUUUCUGGUCCGUUGCCAUGACUAUGUGGAACUAUUAGCGGAGGUUUACCUCCUACCUGACUUCCUGGCUGAGCAUCCUGAGGUACGAUUAGUAAUAAUUGACAGCAUUGCCUUCCCAUUCCGCCAUGACUUUGAGGAUCUUUCUCAGAGAACCCGUCUCCUUAAUGGUCUUGCCCAACAGCUCAUCCAAAUAGCGACACAACACAGUGUGGCGGUUGUGUUGUCCAAUCAAAUGACCACAAGACUUUUAAAUGGCCAAUCCAAGCUUGUUCCUUCAUUAGGUGAGAGCUGGGGCCAUACCGCCACUCAGAGACUCAUUCUGCACUGGGAGGGAUCUAAAAGGCUAGCCUCCGUGUACAAGUCACCAAGUCAAAUGGAAGCAACAAUUCAAUAUCAGAUCACGGUCCAGGGUUUCAGGGAUGCCCAAGACGAACCCAGGCCCACUGUUGAAUCAUCUGCUGUCUCAUCUCCGUCUGGAAACAGCAGUUAACGCCCUCGAAGGGAAGAUCAGUCUUGAGGGAGUUUUGCUGAGCAUUUCAUUUUCAUAAAACACAGGAAACAACUUCCAACUUCAUAACUAGAAAUACAGCAAAAGUGUAGUUUUUUUUAUAUAAAUGAAAAGCCUAUAAUGGUCGAUUGUCUAAUUUAUUAGUAGAAUAAAAUUGUGUAUAAUAAAUGUUGACUCUUAGUUAAUUAUGUGGCGUUCAGUACUUGUUUUUUAUGUUGUAAUCCAUUAAAGAACCCAUAAAAGUGCCACAGUUUGCCGGAACAAAUUCAGUUCAACUUGAGAGUGUUUUUUGAAAGCUCUUAGGCAUCGAAAAUACUACACUGCUGAUUAUAUAAGUAGACUUCCCACAAGAUCAGACAUGGUUAUUGUUCAGAGGGAAUUAAAUAAAAGACGCAAAACCAUUCCAAAGUGGCCAAAGCUUUCCAUCAUAACGUAAAUAACGUAUAUUUCUCAAAUUAUCUGGAGCUGUUCCUGACUUUUCAGUCACUUAACCUGACUUAUCUACAGUGCUGUAUGUAAUUUAUGCAAAAUAGUUUUUGUGGAACUCUGAAUGUUGAUGAUUAGUCACACUAAUUGACAGUCCGCAGUCGUUUAUCGCGUCACUUAAAUUGCACGGGCAAAACUUCAAGCCAUAAUUUCUAAUGAACUUAAUUUGUAACGUUGAAUUGAAACGUGGUGCGUUGCAUUGUGUAGAUCAAAUCCGAAUGACUUUUCUACCUUACUUGUUCCAUGAGUGAUGGUAUGAAGAUAAAGAGUUUACUGCUCGCCAUUACCUCUAAGUAACAUUAAUAAUUUAGCUGGGGUUUGUGCCUGUGCAAUAUCAAUAUAUCAUUCCAGUUUCGGAUCACGCGCAGUGUGUGUGCAUAAAGGAGAGAAGGGUUCAUCUCUUUAAUUGAAUUAUACACUAGAAAGCCACCAAUACAUCAACAUUGAUAAAAUAUGAGCACUUCACCCUAUUUCUUGGGAUGACAAUGGAUGGUUUAGACAACUAGCAGAACAAUUGAUUGACUUGCCUAUGUUUAGGCAGAAGGGGACACUGUGCUCUUGAUGGUUUUAACCCCAAUGUUAGACACUGCAUAGAUCCUGAAAGAUUUUGGAAUAAUAUGAUAAUUUUCGUCAUUUGUCAGAGCUGGUAUAGUGUGUCCUUGAUAACAUGCACUUGGCCUAAGAUUCCACAGUUAGUGAGAGCACCUUGGAUAUUUCUACAUAUCUCAGCCCCUUGGCAGGACUUGAUGUUCAUAAUUGUCAAUGCAUCAGACAUCUUUACUUUUAGGCUCUAUUACUUUAGAUACAUUUUGAAAGAAUAGGACAGGCUGGCAGUAAUACGUGAAAACCCAAUUCUGAAAAGGUUACACACUGAAUUUUAUUAGGUGUCAAGAUGGAACCGGUUGGAUAUAUUUGACUUGUUGCCAUUUCAGAGUGAGUUAUAAAGACAAGGUCAUAUUUUCCCAAAACUAAGGUUGCUAUUUUAAGUUAGAGAUCUUGUCAUAUGCACAAUACAAUGAAAUUCUUACUUUGUAAGAAUGUAAUUUUUACUCCUUACAAGAAAAACAGGGUGGGAUGGGAACAAACAAACACCAAUAUGAUUAUAAAGAGAACCCGUAUAAAACUAUGAAACAAUUGACAACAAUAAGUAUACUAUUGUGAAAAGACUAAUCACGAUUAAUCGCAUCCACAAUAAAAGUUUGUGUUUACAUCAUAUAUGUCUAUAUACUGUGCAUAUUAAUGUUGUAUUUAUAAAUACAAACACAUA